AUGGUUGAUGGACAAGGCGCUGCCGAGACGCUGGCGACAUAUCACGAAUACAUCAAGGUCUUCGAACAAGAAGAGCGCGCAUGGCGUCUUUUUCUCGACAGCCGAUUCAACUCGUCGAUAGUGGACAGCAAGGAGAGACCGCUUGGACACCAAUUGUCCUGCAGACGCGAUCGACAUGCUUUGCCGCCAUCAGUGGCUGCGAGGGGCAUAUCGGCCGCGGGAGGACAGCAGAAGCACGACACAAAAGCCGCACCGUUUGUCCGAACGGUAGAGUAUGCGGCUCUGAUGGGAUCCGAUCGAUCAAGUUCGCGCACUGAGGUCAGGAAUGAGGUAGAAGAUGAUGCUCGGGAGGGCAUGGUGUGGAUUGUGAGGAAGAGAUCUAUUGCGUUCAUUAAGAAUGCCAUCACGAAGCGAGUCUCGCUCAAUAAUUGGAGAACACGGCCCCCUACACCCGCUAUGGAAUCGUGUAGGACAUCGAGACUGCCGCGGUCGCAAGAUGCACAGGAACAGGAGAUGCCGCCCAGACGCAAGUUCACCUUCUCAGGAACCCUGUUUGGCCACAAGGUCCCACAACAGCAGGAAGCUGUGUUGGACUUCGAGAUGAGAGCGGAUGCUGGCCGCCACGCAAAGCGAAGAGCAAGCAGAGCAUUGAGCGAUGUCUUUGCAGGAAGCACGGAGGUCAUCGUAAAAAGAUUUCGACGAAAAGGUGGUCAGCAAGAUCGACCGCAACGAAACACCAGGAACGUCAGCGCCAAAACUUCCACGUCCAACGGCGUUGCCGACAUGACCAGCGCCGGCAAGAACGAACGACCUUCGCGGCAAGCCAACAACUUACGGAACGAUGAUUCGGAUAGCGGAGCGGAGCUAUCUGGAUCCGAUUAUACAAGUGCACUGGAAGAACUCCAGCCUCUUCUUGCGUGCCCAUCCACAAGGCACAGAACCUCUUGGAAGAAUGAUGGAGCAUCCUCAGCCGAUGAACGCCGCCUUCAGAUACCUAUUACGCAGCCAGCGCAAGCAGCUUUGACGCCGAAGAAUUACAGGAAGACGCCUGCUCAAGUAGCACUCUACGGGCGUAAACUCGUCGUUGCGGUAGAGCGAGAGGCGUUGAAAGGGGAUAUGAACAGUGGGAGGAUCAGCCAGAGAUUCGAUCGUAUCUAUCAAGGAUUAGUGGAUGACGAUGCUGCGCAUCAGGAGUCGGUGCAGCGGCAGUAUCUGGCUGUCGUUGAGGCUGAGAAACAUCAGAGGGACCAAGAGCACCAGGCGGCAAUGCGAGCAUGGGAGAGGAAGGGACGGCCGGUGGUACACAGCUGGCGCUGUGGAGUGAAAGCUAGAGGAAAUAGUGCACAAGGAUAG